CUCUGAAUAGAGAGUGUAUCAUCUUGAUGUUCGGGGACGGAAGGUUUGAUUUUGAGCUAGAGACGGAUUAUCUGUACAGAUUGGAAACAGUGAAAUAAUUAUACACUGUAUCUGUUUUUAGAGCCAGAAUUGGAGCUGGUAGUUCAUUGAAAACCUCUCUCCACAAACCAGUGCACGGAAUUAUGUUGGACAUAUUAUGGUAAUGAAUUAUGACUUGAUGAAAUGGAUUUAUAUAGCUGGCGUUCAGUUGUAAAUAAUGUGACUAUAAUUCUGGACAGAUUAUAAAACCUUUUCAAUUUCCCAGGAAUAAAACGGACAUACAGCCUGGUAUCUCUAUGGUUAAUAUCUAUAAAUCUCACGCGAAAUGUUGAUCUUUAACUAUUCCCCUUAUCUGAAUAAUCAACAUGGCUGCGAAAUCAACUUCCUUAUGUAAAGUUCAGAUUGCAGUACGAGCCAAAGGUCAGACCACUUGUAUCUACCACUACGGGAAACAACUACAAUUCUACUGCAAACGCUGUGAGGAUGUUAUUUGUAGUAAAUGUUUGUCUACGGUUCACGAUGCUCAUUCCGUUUGUGAACUCGGUGAAAUAAUUAUCAAAAGGAAGCGAGACAUUCAAAAAUUCAUUGAAAGAAGUGAGAAACACGAUCUUAGACAAAUUCAUGAAAAUAGUACAUCUACAGAGCAUCACCUCAAGGAAAAUACCAACACGUUUGACAAGCUCGCAGCGAAGUUGAAAAGACAAACCGACAAAUUAAAAGAAGAUCUAGAUUCUAUUUCAACACAGACGCUUUCUAGAUACCGUCAAAUAGAGGAGGAUAACGCCAAACUCAUAGAAACCUACAAACAGGACCUGGAAGUCUACGACAAAAAGCUAAAGCAACAAUUACAAGAAUGCAAAACUGUACUUCAACAAGGGACUGAUAUGCAGAUAUAUGACUGUGAGUAUGACGCUGAAUGCGAUGUCCCAUCGACUGUUAAACCUACACUGACUGCUGCAAGCUUCACCCCGAACGAAUAUCCUCUGACAUAUCUGGAACAAGCAUUGGGUACUACGGUCACUUCCGGUCAGGGUCAGACGUCAUGUGAACAGGAUCUCUCGGAAGAGUCAUCAGAUACGGAGGGAGAAUUGGAUGAAAGCUAUAAUGUAUUGUCCGGUAAACAACUUCAAUCAGAACAGCCACCACGAACCGAAGUGAUGGAGGAGUUUAGGUCCCGGUGCUGUAUAACGUCUGUAUGUCCCACUAAGGAUGGUCAGGUGUGGACCUCUUACAACAACUCGUGGACUUUACAUCUCCUGAACAGGACAGGUCGAGUCACUCGGAAGAUAAACCAUGGAAACUAUAUCCGCGACAUCAGUGUAUCACCUACAACAGAUGCACUGUGGACAUGUCAUUGCUAUGACAACAGUGUCAGGCAGCUGUCUUCAGGAAAGUUGGUCCGUGCAUUCAACACGAAAUAUGAACCCCUGUGUAUUUGCGUUACUUCUAGUAACCAUGUCAUUGUUGGGAUGGCUAACUCUCUUUCUAAAUUCACCACAGAUGGUAAAAUUGUUCUCACCGCCAUGGCUAGAAGAGAAAGGAAACCUUUAGUAAGUAGGCCCCAUAGGAUAGCCGAAUGUCCUGUCACACUCAAGAUCGCAGUCAUUGAUCGCGCUAAUAAAUAUCAGAAGGAGGAAGAUGAGAAGAAGGAAGGACAUAUUGUUGUCAUGGAUACGGAUUUCAAUGAACAUUUCCGGUACCAUGGAGAGAUACUUGGUACAUGUACGUCUCCGACAGAGCAUAAUGUAUUUAAUCCCAUGGCUGUCGUAUUUGACAGACUGGGAAACCUUAUCAUUGCAGACCAGCACAACCGGAGACACCUGCUCCUCAGUGUACGCGGGGACAUCAAGGUGUUACAUACAGAUGCGUACAAACCCUGGGCGAUGUGUGUGGACAGGGACGACGUUCUGUGGACAGUACAUUACCUGGAUCAUGUCAAAUUACUGCGGUACUCUACUGAGAAAUAACGCGACAAGGUGUGGCAUACGACAUAACCAGACAAGUAGAUCGACAUAAUGAGAUUAUCUAACUCGUGUAUGUCGUUAUUGACGUCUUGUCGCAAUAUAAUGCUACUCCUGAAAUCGACAUAGCUAGAAAGCAGUGUGACCACUGUUCGGAAGACGUUCAUCAACGCACUAGAAAUACUAAAGGCAGCCACGUGUCUUUUCUUCUGGUACUUAUGCAGACUGCACGCUUCCAUUCGGGUCGACAAGAGUGACUAAUAUCCCCUUAACUUCCGAUUGGAUUUAACAGUAGCACAGUUGGGCCAGGACACUUGAACAGGUAGCCCAAUCCCCGUUUGGCCUCAUUGAAUUUUUACACUCAAAACAAUGUUGUUGAUUUAUACUUUGUUUAUUUUAUUUCUAUUUCUCAUAAAAGUCCUGCAGUGUGUGGUUUCUUUUCGAAAAUGAUUUAAAUCAAAGCGCUUUAGUAAAGCCGGAAACACUGUUUCUAGUCUCAGGUCUCACGUUUACCAGUGUAAAGAUAAAAGCUGUUUUGGCUGGGUGACUCUUGAGGGUCCCUCUGGCUUGUUGCUGCCUCGUGUUUUCUGAAGCGAUUAGCUUCAGAAUACAGGUCGCGUGACUUAAAUUUAGAAAUAAAUGUAGCGUUAUUGCGCCGAAAUACACAGGGACCUGAUAAUUUGUUUCAGCUAUAUUUGGACCUAAACUCAGGUGUUCAGAGUAUUUGUAUAUGUUUGAGAGGUUUAGAUCGUUUUUCGGUAAAAGUGCCUUCCCCAAUGAUAAUAAACAUGUAUACGAGAAGCCAUAAAGUAAUAAAAGAAUUUGAAUUUGAAUGUGCAUAAAUGACAUUUAUCUUUGUACAUGUAUUAAAGGAUUAAACAAGUA